CUCCAUCUUUCACUUUUUCCUUCACCACAACUUUUAACCGCCAUCCAUCUUCGUUUCAUCUGUCAUCUUUCGCAAACGACUUUCGGGUCAACUAUAAAGAUGGCAGACAUCAAGAUCGAUGGCAAGCUCUUCCAGGAGCGCAUUAAUCAUUUUGUCAAUGCCUGGAAAGCCGAUAAACGCGCUGGAGAUGCUGUCUUCAAUGGCGCAUCUUCUAUUCUCAUCAAUAUGGGCAAGGUCGAGGAGAAUCCCGAUUUCCAGAAGAAUAAUGCUAUGCACUUCUGGUUGCUCGGCUACGAGUUUCCUACUACCCUCAUGCUCCUGACUCUCGACACACUCUACGUGGUCACGACGGCCAAGAAAGCUAAGCACUUGGAGCCUCUAAAAGGCGGAAGGUUUCCUAUCGAGCUUUUAGUUCGAGGAAAGGAUGCGGCUGCGAAUGAGAAACAUUGGACCAAAGUCACCGACACCAUCAAUUCUGCAGGAAAAAAAGUUGGUGUCAUUACCAAAGAUAGGUCGGGCGGUCCCUUCGUCGAUGAAUGGAAAAAGAUCUUCGGCGAAAAGUGUAAAGAUGUGGAGGAGGUCGACGUAUCUACUGCUUUAUCGACAGCCGCCUUAUCCGUCAAGGAUGAAACCGAACUACGAGCGAUGCGAGCUGCGUCCAAGGCAUGUGUUGCGCUGAUGACACCAUUCUUCCUAGAUCAGAUGUCCGAUGUUCUUGAUCAAGAGAAGAAGGUGAAACACAGUGCACUCGCCGACAAGGUCGAUAGGAAACUUGAUGAUGAGAAGUGGUGGAAGACAGUUGAAUUACCUAACAAGCAGAAACUACCUUCCGACUUCGAUCCAUCGUCUCUAGAUUGGUACCUUGGUCCCGCCGUGCAAAGUGGCGGCAAAUAUGACCUGAAGCUUCAGUCAGAGCCUACUGGCGAUAACCUCCACCCAGGCGUUAUUAUCGCCGGCAUGGGUCUUCGAUAUAAGUCGUACUGCUCUUCCAUCGCGCGAACCUAUUUGGUCGAUCCGAACAAGACCCAGGAAAAUACCUACAAAUUCCUCUAUACCAUCCACAAUUUGGUCCUAAAGGAGAUAAGAGACGGUGUGGCUGCCAAGGAAAUAUACGGCAAGGCCAUGAGCUACAUCAAGUCCAAGAAGCCCGAGUUAGAGAAACAUUUCCUGAAGAAUGUCGGAGCGGGUAUCGGCAUUGAGAGCAAAGACCCAACCUUGCUACUGAGUGCCAAGAACCCGCGUACUUUGAAAGAUGGCAUGACGCUGUGCAUAACAACUGGCUUCACUGACAUAGAGAACCCGUCGCCAAAGGACAAGCUUAGCAAGACCUACUCCCUAGUCCUUACCGACACUAUCCGAGUGACCAACAGCGAUCCCGUCGUAUUCACCGGAGACGCUCCUAGCGACCUCGAUGCCACUUCUUUCUUUUUCAAGGAUGACGAGGAGAUGCAGCCCACCCCAAAGAAGGAAAAGAAGGACUCCCGUGUGGGCGCUGUGGCCACUAAGAACAUAACCAGUACCCGACUCAGAUCCGAGCGUACUACCCAGGUAGACGAGGACCAAGAGAAAAGGCGCAGGGAUCACCAGAAAGAUCUUUCUUCUAAAAAACAGAAGGAAGGUAUGGCUCGAUUCGCUGAAUCUACAGGGGGACCGGAUGGUGCCGAGGUGAAAAAGUUCAAGAAGUUCGAGUCGUAUAAACGAGAAAACCAGAUGCCUCUUAAGGUAAAGAAUCUGGAGAUACUUGUCGACCAGAAGAACCACACCCUCGUCCUCCCCGUCAUGGGCCGACCGGUGCCUUUCCAUAUCCACACGAUCAAGAACGCUAGCAAGAAUGACGAGGGCGAUUGGUCAUAUCUGCGGAUCAAUUUCCUUUCUCCUGGUCAGGGAGUAGGUAGAAAGGAUGAUCAGCCGUUUGAGGAUGCUUCGGCCCAGUUCGUUAGGAGCCUGACCUUCCGUUCUCGUGACGGUGAUCGGUACGAAGAGAUUGCGGCGCAGAUUUCUUCCAUGAAGAAGGAGGCUACCAAGAAGGAGCAAGAAAAGAAGGAUAUGGAGGAUGUUGUUGAACAGGAGAAGCUGGUCGAAAUAAGGAAUCGACGCCCUCCUGUCAUGGACAACGUAUUUAUACGCCCCGCGAUGGAAGGCAAACGUGUUCCUGGAAAAGUCGAGAUUCACCAGAAUGGUAUUCGGUAUCAAUCACCGCUUAACACCCAGCAGAGAGUCGACGUACUUUUCUCUAACAUCCGCCAUCUUUUCUUCCAACCUUGCGCCCAUGAGCUCAUCGUGAUAAUUCAUCUGCACCUGAAAGACCCCAUCAUCAUUGGCAACAAGAAGAAGACCAAGGAUGUACAGUUCUACCGGGAAGCUACAGACAUUCAAUUCGACGAGACUGGUAACCGAAAGCGGAAGUACCGUCACGGAGAUGAGGACGAAUUCGAACAGGAGCAAGAAGACCGUCGGCAUAGAGCAGAACUCGAUCGCCAAUUCAAGAGUUUCGCUGACAAGAUUGCCGAGGCGGGUAAGAAUGAGGGCGUCGAGGUCGACAUGCCGCUUAGAGAGCUCGGGUUCAACGGCGUCCCGUUCCGAAGCAACGUCACGAUUCAGCCCUCCACUGAUUGUCUUAUUCAACUCACCGAGCCACCUUUCCUGGUUAUCACCUUGGAUGACAUUGAAAUUGCGCAUCUGGAACGUGUGCAAUUUGGCCUGAAGAACUUCGACUUGGUAUUCGUGUUCAAGGAUUUUACUCGGGCCCCCGCUCACAUCAACACAAUUCCUGUCGAGUCUUUAGAAGAUGUCAAGGAAUGGCUAGAUUCUAGUGAUAUCGCAUAUACUGAAGGUCCUUUGAACUUGAACUGGCCUACGAUCAUGAAGACCGUUACGGCCGAUACCCACCAGUUCUUCGUGGACGGUGGCUGGUCUUUCCUGCAAAACGAGAGCGAUGACGAUGACGAUCAGGAAGAGGAGGAAGAAUCCAACUUCGAGAUCGAUGAAUCUGAUCUUGAGGAAGUGAGCGAAUCCAGCGAAGAUGACUCAGAUUUCGAUAGCAACGCAUCUGAUGAAGCUAGCGAGGAAGGCUCGGAUGAGGAUGACGAAGGUGAAGAUUGGGAUGAGCUCGAGAAGAAAGCGUCACGAAAGGAUCGCGAGAGGGCGGAUUCCGAGGAAGAAGACCGCAGCCGCGCAAAGCCCAAGAAGCGACGCCACUAAACGUCUCAAUAGGAGUUUGCGGAACCUGUCUUAGGAUAGGGAUCUAAACUUCAAGUUGCUAGGUCCAAAAUUUCACUAGUUGAUAGGUUCCUUAGGAGUUGAAGGUAGUGCCGCGUCCCCCAUCUACCUGAUCGAGCUACUGGUUUCGAGCUAUGAGCUUUCAAUUUGCUAUCUCGAGACGAGAUUCAGGGUGGUCGGACGAAGUGCAUGGCUCUUUCUAGUUACUUUAGCUGAAUGGCUCUGGGUAGAGCUCUACUUGUACUGGUAAUGAAAAUGAAUUUGAUGGAUUUCUGAAAA